AAGUGUUACGUCUGACUGGAAAGUGGCAGGGCUCUGAACUGAAUACAGAACAUUAAUUUCAGACUUCUUCCCCUGAAGUGCUGGAUUUGUUGAAAGUGUGGAUGGGAUGAGGCAAGCCUUUUCUACUCAAUAAUCCGUGGACGGUCACUGUAAGUUGCCACAAGUCGAGAAUACCACUGAUUCGGGAUAAUUGUGAGGAUUAUCUUUUAAAGUCAUGGAUUUACCCCAGGAGGCAGCAACUCAAACUGAUGAUACAAUUACAACAUGCGACGUUACCGACAACACUCAUUCCGACCAUGAUGGGGACGAGGAGCAGGCAAGAGGAAACUGGGGCUCGCAAGUGCAGUACCUUUUGACAGUCGUUGGCUAUUGUGUUGGCCUUUCAAAUGUGUUGCGUUUCCCGUAUAUCUGCAAAACAAAUGGUGGAGGUGCCUUUCUCAUCCCUUACAUCACGUGUCUGCUGCUUUGUGGUUUGCCGCUGUUCUUUCUGGAAGUUGUUAUAGGACAGUUCCACGGGAAAGGUGCCGCUCAUGUGUGGGGUGUAUGUCCCUUGAUAAAAGGCUUGGGGAUCGGCAUGCUUAUCAUUUCCGGCGGGGUGAUAGUUUACUACAGUACCACCUGUGCCUGGGCCGUGUACUACACGAUCUACUCCUGUAGAACAGUUCUUCCCUGGACCAGCUGCGACAACACCUGGAACACUGAGAAUUGUGUUGAAAACAUGAAGCUGAUGACGGCAAAUAGCUUCACCGUGCCAAACGAAACCCGAGUAAAUAAGUCAUUGGCAGUCACCACAAAUUAUGCUGGCAACAGUUUGGAGAAUGAAACCCUAUUCCACACUGCAGCUGAAGAAUUCUGGCAAUACAAAGUCCUCAGCAUCACCUCAGGAAUGGAACACCUGGGAGGCAUCAAGUGGGAACUCGCUCUGUGUCUCCUUGUCACCUGGAUUUUGAUAUUCAGCAGUCUGGCGAAAGGUAUCAAAUCAAUUGGAAAGGUUGUGUACGUGACGGCGACAAUGCCAUAUGUGUUUCUCUUCAUCCUGCUUGUCCGUGGCCUGACUCUACCUGGCGGACCACAAGGCGUUCUGUUCUUCAUCACUCCUGAUUUCAACAAAUUACUGGACGUGCAGGUGUGGGUAACAGCAUGUGUUCAGGUAUUCUUCUCACUGGGGCCAGGAUAUGGAGGUCUUAUAUCAAUGGCUAGCUACAACAACUUUCACAGCAAUUGUUUGAGGUAA